AAAAACAUCAAUUAAAUCAUUAAACACCAUUGUUUGUUCCUCCUUCUGUUUUACUUUACCUUCAUAUAAACAUAGUAGAUUUAUUUAUUCAUUUAUUUUAUUUCAUUUAUUUUCUCUCCUUCAUUGUUCGAUUUGCUGAUUUGAUUUUUGGUGGAUCUGAAAUAAAUGAAUUAGGGUUUUGUGUGUUGAUCAUAAUCACAAAAAAGAUGAAAUCUGGAAUUCAGAAUCUGAAGCGAUGUAGUAAGCUAGAAGAAGAAUCUCCACCACAGAUUCAGAAGAAGCCCAAACUCAAUAACGCCUUUUACUCUUUCCAUGAUGGCGAGAUCCACUCCAAUUCAGCUUCCACAGAUUUGAAUAUUGUAGCUGAAAAUGCACCUCCAUUGUCGCGAGCAUCCAGAGGCCGCGUUAAAAUGCUUCCAUCCAAGUUCAAGGACUCCGUACUUCUCGGUACACAGAAGAAGAAUAAUCGACAAAUACAAAACUCCAAGCUCAGUUUUGAAGGUGAGAGUAGUGAUACUGUAAUUAGAUUUGUAAAUAAGGGAAAGGAAAACAAAUGCGAUCCGAAAAAAGAGAGUGAUAAUGGUUUUGAUGAAUUUGAUUAUGAGAAGCAUGCUAAGUCGUUUAAGAGCAUUAAAAAGACGGUUAAAGGGAGUCGAAUGUUAUUGGUUAAAGCGGAGAGUGGAAAUUGUUUUGAUGAAAAGGGUAAAAAAGGGAAAGAGAUUUUCAAACUAGUGGAUUUUCAUUUGGGUGAUAUUGUUUGGGCAAAAUGUGGCAAGACUUUUCCGGCAUGGCCUGCUGUUGUCAUUGAUCCUAUUUCACAAGCUCCUGAGUCUGUUCUUAGACGUUGUGUUCCCGAUGCAAUUUGUGUUAUGUUUUUCGGUUAUUCGAAAAAUGGAAAGCACAGGGACUAUGCAUGGGCGAAGCAGGGGAUGGUAUUCCCCUUCUUGGAAUUCAUGGAUAGAUUCCAGGGGCAGACCCGAUUGUACAAGACCAAAGGAAGUGACUUUCACGAGGCAAUGGAGGAGGCAAUGUUGGCAGAUAAUGGCAUUCUGGAUCCACAUUAUAGAGCUAAGCAAAUUGUGGAGGGUGCGACUUCCUGUGCUGAACAGGAAUAUCACUGCCAAGGCCAGGAUACAAUAUCUUGUUAUGGCUGUGGUUUGACGUUGCCAUGCAAAACCAUGAAGAAGAUUAAGGAUUCAAGCUGUGCUCCUCAGCAUUAUUGUAAAUCUUGUGCAAAGUUACUUAAAUCGAAACAAUACUGUGGCAUUUGCAAAAAGAUUUGGCACCAUUCAGAUGCUGGUGAUUGGGUAUGCUGUGAUGGUUGUAAUGUUUGGGUGCAUGCUGAGUGUGACAAAAUUUCCAGCAAACGUUUCAAGGAUCUCGAAAAUAUAGAUUACUAUUGCCCAGAUUGCAAGGGAAAGUCGGAUUGUAAGUUAUCCACAUCACAAACAUACAAAUCAAAAAUCAAAUCAGUAGAAAACAACCAAAAACCUGUGUUACCUGAAAAUCUAGCGGUGGUGUGCAAUGACAUGAAAGGAAUAUACUUUCCAAAGCUUCAUUUAGUUUUGUGCAAGUGUAUCACGUGUGGGUCAAAAAAGCAGGCAUUGGCAGAAUGGGAACGGCAUACAGGUUGUACAGCCAAAAAAUGGAAACAUAGUGUGAAAGUAGAAGGCACAAUGCAACCACUAAUAAAAUGGAUCACGGAACACAAUCCCCAAGCUGGAAUUCCCAUGAAGUUAAAUCAGAAACAGGUGUUUUCCUUUUUGCAAGAAAAAUAUGAACCAGUUUAUGCAAAAUGGACAACAGAGAGAUGUGCGAUUUGCAGAUGGGUAGAAGAUUGGGAAGAUAACAAGAUUAUUAUAUGUAACAGAUGCCAAGUUGCUGUUCACCAAGAGUGCUAUGGUGCAAAGAAUGUUCAAGAUUUUACUUCCUGGGUUUGUAGAGUGUGUGAAACUCCAGAUGUUGAAAGAGAGUGCUGCCUCUGUCCAGUAAAAGGUGGUGCACUGAAGCCAACUGAUGUUGAGUUGCUGUGGGUUCAUGUAACAUGCGCUUGGUUCCGGCCUGAAGUUGUUUUCCGAAACCACGAGGCAAUGGAACCUGCCUCUGGAAUCCUUAAGAUUCCUCCUAGUUCCUUUUUGAAGACUUGUGUGAUCUGUAAACAAAGUCAUGGUUCCUGUACAAGUUGUUGCAAGUGUGCUACAUAUUUUCACGUGAUGUGUGCAUCAAGGAUGGGAUAUAGCAUGGCGUUGCGUUCUACAGUGAAGAAGGGGACUCAAAUAACACAGACGCUAAUAUAUUGCGCAGUUCACAGGGUCCCAAAUCCAGAUUCAGUAGUGGUUGUGCAUACCCCUCUGGGGGUAUUCUCUCCAAGAACUUCACUUCAAAAUCACAAGGGACGCUUUAGAGGAUCAAAGCUUAUUUCAUCAAAUAACUUAGAACUCCUUGAACCUUCAACCUCUGAACAUUAUGAGGUUGAGCCAAUAUCUGCCGCCAAGUGUCGUGUUUACAAAAGGCCUCCCAAUAAGAAGGAUGAUGCACCAAUAAUUCACUUGCUUGGGGGACCAAACCUUCAUUCUUUAAGUGCAAUAACUCAAUUGAACAACAAUACGGAUGCUGGGGUGUUUUCUUCAUUUAAGGAACGACUUCACCAUUUACAGAAAACGGAAAACUGUAGAGUCUGCCUUGGAAAAUCAGCUAUUCAAGGGUGGGGCCUCUUUGCUCGUAGAGAUUUGCAAGAAGGGGACAUGGUUGUUGAGUAUCGUGGCGAACAGUUAAGGCGUAGUGUUGCUGAUCUGAGGGAAGCAAAGUACCGGUUAGAAGGCAAAGAUUGUUAUCUGUUCAAGAUUAGCGAGGAAGUGGUAAUUGAUGCAACUGAUAAGGGAAAUAUUGCACGUUUAAUAAAUCAUUCUUGCAUGCCAAACUGCUUUGCAAGGAUUAUGUGCUUGGGAGAUCAGGAGAGCAGGAUUGUUCUUAUUGCCAAGACCAAUAUUUCUGCUGGUGAAGAACUAACGUAUGAUUACUUGUUCGAUACAGAUGAGCGAGAUGAACUCAAGGUUCCCUGCCAUUGCAAAGCCCCCAAUUGUAGGAAAUUUAUGAACUAGGUUAGUUAAUGGUUUUGCAUUGUUUCGGACGAGGGAACAGUUGCACUAAGCAAAUCUUACCGGAAAUAUCUCUCCAUUGAGGUUGUACUUUGUUUUAAGAUAAAUUAAUCAAUUUGUAUAUUACCCCAAGAUAAGGUUUGGUUGUCGUUGUUGCAAUCAAUUUUGUAAUAUCCUGCUGAAUUUGUAAUAAAUUGUCGAAUUAGUUGAGCAUGUCAGAACGGAAAUAAUUUCUAAAGGGUUAAAUA